AGCCCGGGAUGGGGGGCGCGGGGGCGCCGCUGCCGCUGGCGGCGGGGCUGCUGCUGCUGGUGGCGGCGGGGCGCGUGCGGGGCGCGGCGGGCGGCCUGGCCGACAGCGUCGUGUGGGCCGUGAACGCCGGCGGGGACGCCCAUGUGGACGUGAACGGCAUCCACUUCCGCAAGGACCCGCUCGAGGGCCGCGUGGGCCGAGCUUCCGACUAUGGCAUGAAGCUGCCGAUCUUGCGGUCCAAUGCAGAAGAUCAGAUCCUGUAUCAGACGGAGCGUUACAACGAGGAAACCUUUGGCUAUGAAGUUCCCAUCAAGGAGGAGGGUGACUAUGUGCUGGUGUUGAAGUUUGCAGAAGUGUAUUUUGCACAGUCUCAGCAGAAGGUUUUUGAUGUUCGCUUGAAUGGCCACGUAGUGGUGAAGGACUUGGACAUUUUUGACAGAGUUGGACACAGCACAGCUCACGAUGAGAUCAUUCCCAUGAGCAUCAAAAAGGGGAAGCUGAGUGUCCAGGGAGAGGUUUCCACGUUCACAGGAAAGCUCCACAUUGAGUUUGUAAAGGGCUACUAUGACAAUCCGAAAAUCUGUGCCCUGUACAUCCUGCAAGGAACAGUGGAAGAUGUUCCAAAGCUACAGCCACACCCAGGUCUGGAGAAAAAAGAGGACGACGAUGAUGAGGAUGAAUAUGAUGAUGGCUCCAGCGUUAAAAAACAGGCAAAUAAGAACCGGGUUCAGUCAGGCCCACGCACACCAAACCCCUAUGCCUCGGACAACAGCAGCCUCAUGUUCCCUAUAUUGGUGGCCUUUGGUGUCUUUAUUCCUACCCUCUUCUGCCUCUGCCGGUUGUGAGAGCAAGCCCCACAGAGCAUCAGCCGAGGGGCUGGGAGGGAAGGAGUUGGACCAAACACGGUUGCUUUCAAUUUCUCCAUACUGUUCAUAAUUUAAGGAAAAAAAAAAAAAGGUGAUUCGUUUGGAAUGAAUAGCAGGUCCAGGUAAGAGGAAACUUACCUUCCCCCUGCCCACAAGCAGCGAGGCCCUCACCUUCCCCUUUGCCACAUGCAGCCUCUGAUCCUCCCUGGCGCAUCCAAGAGCAAACUGAGUCCUGGCUGGCUGUGUACUGGGCUACUGGAAGCUGAUGCUAGGGGUCCUGGGCCAUGUCCUGUGCUGAAAGAAAGCCAUGUGCUGCAAGAUCUCAGCCUUUGCUGGGUGGAACACGAUUCUCUAAGCAGGGACGCAGCUCAUAAAAUGAGGCCUGGGUACACAUCUUGUCUGGGAGCCUGGAAGUGUUGUGGUGCCGUUGGGUGACUGACGACCGUGGAGGACAGAGGCUGGUUCUUCAGCAUCUCCCUGAAUGUGCAACACGAUGUAUGGUACUCGCCUGCAUAAAGACACCAAGACUCCAGCUGGCUGCUCAGCCUCUGGGGGGACCUUUCCCUUCCUAAGAGUGCAAGCUGCGCCGGGAGCAGAGGGAUUUAUCUGGCCUGAUGUGCUGCACCAGCUGGGAGAGACUUUCCUAGCCUGACAAUUGUAAUGUUAGAUCCGUGGCUGAGGGAUUCCGAUGUAGCCUGCAGAAGGCUGGCGUCUGCGUCUGAUCAGAUGCACUUGUUUUCUGUAUUGAUUAUGGCUUUUGUUUCCUUUCGUAUCUUUUUCUUUUCAAAGGUUCGUUUUAAGCCCA